CCCGAUGAAAAUGUUCAUGUUACGACGAAAGGUUUAACUGUCAUCAGAGAUAAUUGUUUGAACCUGAUAAAACUGUUGUCUGAGCGUGUAUCUGGAGAACUAGGUGAGAGUCUGCUUAUCAUGGUUCAGCAAGUAGCAGCUAAAGUCCCGGAUAAAGCGGAUUACAGACGAGAGGCUGGCGGAUCUAUUAUGCUUCUUCUAUCCUUGUUCGAUGCAGCCAACUUCAGUGUUGCUUUACGUUGGUUCAUCCAAUACUCGAUGACUUCGAAGACGAGCUCGAGGAUUAUUUCUCUGGAGGUUUUGGGUCGAUUAGUGGAAGCACUGCAGGCGACAGGAUCUAGCGAUGAGCAUAAGAACAUAUUAACCGAAUAUUCAAGAUUAAUAUUUACCAGCAUAUAUAACAGAACCAAUGAUACUGCUCCUUCAGUAAAAACGCAAGCGCUAAAAGUGUUAGGGGAGAUGACAGCUAGUCAAAGUGCUGCAGUGAAAACACUACUGAUACAGGUUAACUCUAUAUAGCAAUUAAUGAA